AUGGUCGACCACAAUAUUAAUCUCUACGGUCGACUCAGUCCAAGGAUGCGGCUCGACCCGGUCCAAGGGUGCGAAAAGGAGGUCCUUAUACUUUUGACCACUAAAAUGUCCUCAUCAGAUGCCGCGGAAUUCAUCAACGAUUACCGGCACCUCAAUGUCGCCAUAUCCCAAUACCGACAUGGUCAAUUCGAUGCUUGGUUGGCCGCACCACAUUUAUGGAACACUCUGCAGCCGAAUCCGGUGCCGAAUCCGUCAAAGCCAUCGUUCCCCUGGUUCGAGGUCCCCGAUAUUUCCAAGCCUCUUAUUUUAUCACAGCUAAUUUCUGUGAUAAAAUCAACUGGACGUAGAAUUUGCAUAGUGUCACUUCGUGAACAUAUCACAAACACGGAGUUGUGA